AUGAAUUCGAACGUGAAAUAUCAGAAUCCAUGGGAUCGAUUGGUCAAAAUUGGAGAAGGUAAAUUUCGGUGAGCAAAAAAUUUUAUACUCAAGACUGCAAAAAUGGAAUUUUUAGGACAAAUGAAGGGCAUAAUGACCCAAAUGUUGGGCAUAACAUGAUUUUUGGAGGAAGCUUGGUCUCGAAUGCGGUUCAUUGCUGCUAUGAAGGGGUUCCAAAAGGAUGGCAUUUGAGUAAUCUGCAUUCUUAUUUUUUGAGAGCAGGUAAGUUGUUUUUUUGUUAAAAUUGAAUAGAAGGCAUAUUAAAAAUCAUAAAACAUCAAUUUCGAACGAGGCUUGAAUUUCAAAACAAUGAUUUUGAGACAAAAGACAGCGUUCCGUUGUGGUCUAGUGGUUAGGAUUUGCGGCUCUCACCCGCAAGGCCCGGGUUCGAUUCCCGGCAACGGAAGAACACUUUUUUUGACUUUUUGAAGGGUAAGAUAGCCCAUUUCUUAACCGCAGACGACUUUUUGGUUCAAAAAAUAUUUGGCUACUUUGCUUUUGGUCCAGAAUUUUGAAAAAGUUAAAUUUUUUUGCAUUUUUCAAAGGCAAACCUCUGAAUUCCAGGAAAUGGCGAUCUACCCACUGAAUACGAAGUCCAAACUCUUAGAGAUGGUCGGAAUUUUGUUUUUCGACAAGUAAAUGUCAAACAAGAUGGCAAAUUGAUUUAUUCAGCUCAACUGACCUUUAGGAACGUAGGUUUCUAGAAAUUCCAAAGAUACGUUUUUGCUUAUACCUUGCAGUUUCCAAACAAACUUUUGCUCCCUCAAAUCUCAAUGCCUGAGGUUCCAAAGCCGGAGGAAGUCAAAACGAGUAUUGAAUUGCUCAAUGAAUAUAAGAAGACAAAGCCUGAUGAAAGGCUUUUCGCUAACGCGACGAUGAGAAUUUCUGUGCCAUUCAUUGAGUUGAGGCCAGUUUGUGGAAUGGAUUAUUUGAUUGGCCCGCCGAAGCCAACAAGAAAGCAACUUCUGUGGACCAAAUGGAAAGGGACUCCAGGUAAAAGCAUGCAAACUCAAAAAUAUUCUGUACAACAAAUUGAUUAGCGCUACUUUUCAAAAUAAUUGGCGUUACGACUUUUCGGGUCAACGAUUCUGUGGAUAGCGUCGCUUCGUCGUUAUAUGCACGGGGAGGCUAGGAGAAGGCAUCGUUAGUGGAAAUAACAUGAUUGAUCAGGUCUUACGAUAGCUUAUCACAUAUUUUGACGUGUUUUACAUGUACUCACAUCAAUAAUAUCUGGAGAAAAGUUACGGAUCUUUGUUUUUUGCCAAAAAUUUUGGCUUUUUAUAUGUUACAAUAACUCAGUGUAAAGAAGGCUAAAGUUAGUAGUAACAAAAAUUAGAAAAAGUGGACAUGUUGCAAGUCUUCGCCGAGCGUUCGCCGAGCCUUCGCCAACGGUUUUGCUAGGCCUCGUAAGCAUCUCCAACAACCUUUUUUGGUGUAUUCACCUGCCCUACGCUCCGUAUCGAUCGAUUUUGUGUUGACCCAGAACUGUCGUCGACCCGAAAAGUCGGCACGCGGCGGUGUUUGGCACUACUAAAUAAGAGUAGGCACAAUUUCAAAAAAUUUUAGCUACAAUUUUGAAUCCCUAACUCCCCUAAAAACUUCAAAAUUUUCUAUUUUUUUGGCCAUAGCGUAUUACGUUAAUUCUGUUAUACCAUGCUGUGUUGCACAACGUAUCUAUCUUCAGCCUCUUCAACCGAGCAAUUCGCGGUCACCGCUCUCUCGGCCAUCUCAGAUUUUGGCCUUUCAAUUGCGGGGUCACAAUUCUUCUACAACGUCCCUAUGAAAGUUCAAACAUCCCUUGAUCAAAACGUGUGGAUUCAUCGGACUGAGUAAGCGGCCAUUUUCUCAUUUCUGUUAUCUUUUUGAGCAAAGAAGGAACAAUCUUUAAACGUGAAAAAACAAUUUUAGCUUUGACCUUAACGAAUACAUUUUAUUGGAGCAAAAUGCCGAUUGGCAUUCAGAUGGGAACACCUUCAUCCAGGGAAGAAUCUGGACGCAAAAUGGAACCCUUUUAGCGUCACUUGCUCAAAAUGUUGUUGUUGAGCCCGUCGUAAACAAUAAACUUUAA